CUGGGGAUCCAACACCAAGGCCCUGGUGGUGCUUGCCCAGCCCCCGCCUUCUGCGAGGCCGAGAGGGGAGGAGCCACGCGCAUGUGCACAGCUGGCGCCCCCCGCCCCCCGCGCACAGCUGGGACGUGGGCCCGGGACCUGAGGGCUCAGUUGGGAGCCGGCGGUGGACGCGCCCGCCGAGGCCUCCGCUGCGGUCCACGCGUGCCAGCGUCUGUCCGCGCCGUCUACCAUGGCCGUGCGCUCCCAGCGCCGCUGCCUGCAGGCGCUCCUGCUGUGCUUCGCCUGGGGGGCUAUGGCGGUGGUCGCCUCAAAGCCAGGGGCAGGCUGUCCGAGCCGCUGCCUGUGCUUCCGUACCACCGUGCGCUGCAUGCAUCUGUUGCUGGAGGCCGUGCCUGCGGUGGCGCCGCAGACCUCCAUCCUGGAUCUUCGGUUCAACAGAAUCAGAGAGAUCCAGCCCGGGGCAUUCAGGAAGCUGAGGAACUUGAACACAUUGCUUCUCAACAAUAACCAGAUCAAGAAGAUUCCCAAUGGUGCAUUUGAGGACCUGGAGAACUUAAAAUACCUCUAUUUGUACAAGAAUGAGAUCCAGUCAAUUGACAGGCAAGCAUUUAAGGGACUUGCCUCUCUAGAGCAACUGUACCUGCACUUCAAUCAGAUAGAAACUCUGGACCCAGAAUCCUUCCAGCACCUGCCGAAGCUGGAGAGACUGUUUUUACAUAAUAAUCGUAUCACACACUUAGUUCCUGGAACAUUCAGCCAUUUGGAGUCCAUGAAACGACUGCGAUUGGACUCAAAUGCACUUCACUGUGACUGUGAAAUACUGUGGUUGGCAGAUCUGCUGAAGACCUAUGCCCAGUCUGGGAAUGCACAGGCAGCAGCCACCUGCGAGUAUCCCAGACGCAUCCAAGGACGCUCUGUGGCUACCAUCACCCCAGAAGAGCUGAACUGUGAACGACCCCGGAUCACAUCAGAGCCGCAGGAUGCAGAUGUCACAUCAGGGAACACAGUGUACUUCACCUGCAAGGCUGAGGGCAACCCCAAACCUGAGAUCAUCUGGCUUCGAAACAAUAAUGAGCUGAGUAUGAAGACAGACUCUCGCUUAAACUUGCUGGACGAUGGCACACUGAUGAUCCAGAACACACAGGAGGCAGAUGAGGGCGUCUACCAGUGCAUGGCAAAAAAUGUGGCUGGAGAGGCGAAAACACAUGAGGUGACCCUCAGGUACUUGGGGUCUCCAGCCCGACCCACUUUUGUAAUCCAGCCGCAGAACACAGAGGUACUGGUGGGCGAGAGUGUCACUUUGGAGUGCAGUGCCACGGGCCACCCUCUGCCGCAGAUCACCUGGACAAGAGGUGACCGGACACCCUUGCCGGUUGACCCACGAGUGAAUAUCACUCCCUCUGGAGGACUGUACAUACAGAACGUCGACCAGAGUGACAGUGGGGAGUACACAUGCUUUGCUUCCAACAGUGUGGACAGCAUCCACGCCACAGCCUUCAUCAUUGUACAGGCCCUUCCUCAGUUCACUGUGACCCCUCAGAGCAGAGUGGUCAUCGAAGGACAGACUGUGGAUUUCCAGUGUGAGGCUAAGGGCUACCCCCAGCCAGUCAUUGCCUGGACCAAGGGAGGGAGCCAGCUCUCAGUGGACAGGCGGCACCUGGUGCUAUCCUCAGGCACACUCAGGAUCUCUGGGGUGGCCCUGCAUGACCAGGGCCAGUAUGAGUGCCAGGCUGUCAACAUCAUCGGCUCCCAGAAGGUCGUGGCCCACCUGAACGUACAGCCUAGAGUCACCCCGGUGUUUGCCAGCAUUCCAAGUGACAUGACUGUAGAGGUGGGUACCAAUGUACAGCUGCCCUGUAGCUCCCAGGGGGAACCAGAGCCAGCCAUCACCUGGAACAAGGAUGGUGUUCAGGUAACAGAAAGUGGAAAAUUUCACAUCAGCCCUGAAGGAUUCUUGACCAUCAAUGAUGUUGGCACUGCGGACGCAGGUCGAUAUGAGUGUGUAGCUCGGAACACAAUUGGAUAUUCCUCUGUCAGCAUGGUACUCAGUGUGAAUGUUCCUGAUGUAAGUCGAAAUGGGGACCCAUAUGUUGCUACCUCUAUCGUUGAAGCCAUUGCAACCGUUGACAGGGCCAUCAACUCUACACGGACACACUUAUUUGACAGCCGUCCUCAUUCUCCAAAUGACCUACUGGCCCUGUUCCGGUACCCACGGGACCCCUACACAGUGGGACAAGCCCGGGCAGGAGAGAUAUUCGAGCGGACCCUGCAGCUGAUCCAGGAGCAUGUUCAGCAUGGCUUGAUGGUGGACUUGAAUGGAACAAGUUACCACUACAAUGAUCUGGUGUCCCCGCAGUACCUGAGCCUUAUUGCCAACCUGUCAGGCUGCACGGCACACCGCCGUGUGAACAACUGCUCAGACAUGUGCUUCCACCAAAAGUAUAGGACGCAUGACGGCACAUGCAACAACCUGCAGCACCCAAUGUGGGGCGCCUCAUUGACUGCCUUUGAGCGCCUGCUGAAGGCUGUGUAUGAGAACGGAUUCAACACACCCCGUGGCAUCAAUCCCCAGCGUCAGUACAAUGGGCACGUACUUCCCAUGCCCCGCCUGGUGUCCACCACACUGAUUGGGACAGAGGUAAUCACCCCUGAUGAACAAUUUACACACAUGUUGAUGCAGUGGGGUCAGUUCCUUGACCAUGACCUGGACUCUACAGUCGUGGCCCUGAGCCAGGCUCGAUUCUCUGAUGGGCAGCAUUGCAGCAAUGUAUGCAGCAAUGACCCUCCCUGUUUCUCCGUCAUGAUUCCCCCCAAUGACCCCCGCGUGCGCAGUGGGGCCCGCUGCAUGUUCUUUGUGCGAUCCAGCCCUGUUUGUGGCAGUGGCAUGACAUCCCUGCUCAUGAACUCUGUGUACCCUCGAGAGCAGAUCAACCAGCUCACUUCCUACAUUGAUGGGUCCAAUGUGUACGGCAGCACAGACCAUGAAGCCCGCAGCAUCCGGGACCUGGCCAGCCAUCGUGGCCUGCUGCGUCAGGGCAUCGUGCAGAGGUCUGGCAAGCCUCUGCUUCCCUUUGCCACGGGGCCGCCCACCGAGUGCACUCGCGAUGAGAAUGAGAGCCCAAUACCAUGCUUUCUGGCUGGGGACCACCGUGCUAAUGAGCAGCUGGGCCUGACGAGCAUGCACACCCUGUGGUUCCGGGAGCACAACCGCAUUGCGGCAGAGCUGCUGAAGCUGAACCCACACUGGGAUGGGGACACUGUCUACCACGAGACUCGCAAGAUUGUGGGGGCAGAGAUACAGCACAUUACCUACCGGCACUGGCUACCCAAGAUCUUGGGGGAGGUGGGCAUGAAGAUGCUCGGCGAGUACCGCGGAUACGACCCCAGUGUCAAUGCUGGCAUCUUCAAUGCCUUUGCCACAGCGGCCUUCAGGUUUGGCCACACUCUGAUCAACCCUGUGCUCUACCGGCUGGAUGAGAACUUUGAGCCCAUCCCCCAGGGCCACGUGCCCCUCCAUAAGGCCUUCUUCUCCCCGUUCCGGAUUGUCAAUGAGGGGGGCAUUGACCCACUUCUCCGAGGGCUGUUUGGCGUGGCAGGCAAGAUGCGCAUUCCCUCCCAGUUGUUGAACACGGAGCUCACAGAGAGGCUGUUCUCCAUGGCUCACACGGUGGCCCUGGACCUGGCUGCCAUAAAUAUCCAGCGAGGCCGGGACCAUGGCAUUCCACCCUACCAUGACUACAGGGUCUACUGCAACCUAUCAGCCGCUUACACCUUUGAGGACCUGAAAAAUGAGAUCAAGAGCCCCGUGAUCCGGGAGAAGCUGCAGAGGCUGUAUGGUUCGACUCUCAACAUUGAUCUGUUCCCGGCCCUCAUGGUAGAAGACCUGGUCCCUGGCAGCCGCCUGGGGCCCACACUCAUGUGCCUGCUCAGCACACAGUUCCGACGCCUGCGGGAUGGAGACAGGUUGUGGUACGAGAACCCGGGCGUGUUCUCCCCCGCCCAGCUGACUCAGCUCAAGCAGACAUCCUUGGCUAGGAUCCUAUGUGACAACUCAGACAAUAUCACCCGUGUGCAGCAGGAUGUGUUCAGGGUGGCAGAAUUCCCACAUGGUUAUGGCAGCUGCGAGGACAUCCCCAGAGUGGACCUGCGAGUGUGGCAGGACUGUUGUGAAGCCUGA